GUCUAGCCUCGUACAUAGAAUGAUUUUCCCGCGCGCGUGCACCUCCUCCCCGAAUCUUACCAACGAAUUAGCUUAAAUAGUAUGUGGGACGUCCCUCUGUUUUUCUCAGCAAUCUCAUCUCUACAAUGGCGAUCGUCACUGAAGCACCCCUACCCCCUGCUUCAACUGAGUCCAAUUUAUCUGAUGCUAAUGGAACACCGAAAUCACCGUCCUAUCAGGCUUCCACUGUGAUAGCUGAUGGAACUCCCCUACCAAGUCAACCGCUGGACACAAACAAUCGCAUCACCAUCAUCCAGAACAACUUCAUUGCAGAGGGUGCAACCAUCAACAUAUUCUCGAGUAACUGCAACGGUUCCACUGUGACCAAGCUGGACUAUGUUGCUGGAACUGCUGAGCCUACGUCCUCGUAUCCUCCGUUAGCAAGACAAUUGGCACCAGUAGAAUAUGGUCGCGAAAGCGUCAUAUUCAAUGGCAAUACUUUUGGCCAACACGUCAUGAUUAACAUAGGAUCCGACAAUUGCACGGGCGCUGUUAAGCAAACCGCUCUUCCUAAGAUCUCAAAUUGAGCAUGACAUCUUCCCAAAGCAAGGGAAUCCCUUCGACUUGUCACUCAGCUAAGUCCUGUGGGGUCAUUCACGACCCUAUGUUGGACAUUGUAUUUUGCCAUUAGACUUCUUAAUCCUGUACAGUUAUUCAUGACCAUAUGUAGGAUGUUGUCAUGUACUUACUCGAUACUCACAAUGGAUGCUAUCAUAAAGACGAAUCCCUGGCACUUUAGUAAAUCAUUGGCGGCCUAAUAACAAGUACUUGAGCUAACAAACCGAAGUCUUGCAUGAAAGAAACGUUACAGAACAUUCGCAAUCCAACAUCCCACAGUCUGGACUGGAGACAUCGUUUGCUCAUUCACAACUUCGCAUCGCUCAACCGCUCACCCCCCACACUCACUACCAAAACUGCGCGGUUGCUUAU